AUGUCUGUUCCCCCUAAAUUUUCAGGGCUCAAACUCUCUGCUGGAACACCCCAGGAGAGCCAGCAUACGUUGGAAUUGUAUCUUGACUAUGUUUGCCCGUUCUCUGCUAAGAUGUUCAAUACCAUCUAUGCGCUGAGGCCUCAGAUUGCUCAGCAAUAUGGGAAUCGGCUCCAGGUAAUUCUUCGACAACAUAUCCAACCAUGGCACCCCUCGUCCACGCUCACCCACGAAGCUGGAGCAGCGGUCCUUCGCCUCGCCCCUGAGAGGUUCUGGGAUUUCAGUGCCGCCUUGUUUCGGCACCAGACGGAAUUCUUUGAUAUGAGCGUGGUAAAUGAAACCCGUAAUGCCACAUACGGCCGGUUGGCCAAAAUUGCCAGUUCUGUCGGUGUGGAUGAGGGGAAAUUCCUGGAUCUGUUGAGGAUUCCAGAAGCCCCCAGCAAAGAUGGACACCUGAACGUGGGAAACCAGAUCACCAACGAUCUUAAGUGGAUCAUCAAAGGAGUAGAAGAGCGAGGAAUCAGCAGCAGCUUCACGGAGGCUCAAUGGGGGGAAUGGCUGGCCCAGAACGUGGUUUGA